GUUCAGCUUUCGUGUUUCGUGCGUUUGUUCUACGCCAUUUUGAGCAGGCUUCCUUUUUAAACAUAAAACAGUUAAUUCGACGCCAAGUAAGCGUUUAUAGUGUGUUCUUUGAGUUCGCAACAGUCUCGCGGCCCUACGAAAAAAUAUAUUUCUUUCCGAGGGACCCACAAGUGGCAUCAAGUUGCGGAUUUUGGUGGCUCCGCCGUCCGUAGCGAUGCCUCGGUCACGUAAACGUCACCACUCGCGCUCGGAGUCCCUCGAUUCGAGGAGUUCGACGAGCAGCUAUCGUCACAAGCGUCGAAGGCCUUCCAAAACCGAGCGGUACGGCGGCGCGGGAGGCGGCGGCGGCGGCCACCGCGACGCGAGCCCGGCGUCGCCGUGUUCCUCGUCGACGGCGAGCCGGCGCCGCCACCGGCGCCACAACCACCACCGGGACCACUCGUCGGACGACGACCAGCAGGGACACCGGCGGCGCCGAUCCAGCCGGAGCACGCGACGCCGCGGAGACCGAGGACACCACUCACGGUCUCCAGUGCGGAGGCCACCAAGCGUCGAGGAUGACGAAGAGGGACACCUGGUGUACCGGCCAGGAGACGUGCUCCAGGACAGAUACAAGAUUGUCACCACCCUGGGAGAGGGGACCUUUGGGAAGGUGGUCAAGGUGACCGACAUGCACACUGACCAGACGAUGGCACUGAAGAUCAUAAAGAAUGUGGAGAAGUACCGUGAAGCCGCCAAGCUGGAGAUCAAUGUCCUCGAGAAGCUUGCCAAUUGGGACCCCACGGGCAAACAUCUCUGUGUGAAGAUGUUGGAUUGGUUUGACUUUCACGGCCACAUGUGUCUCGCCUUCGAAAUGCUGGGCCUGAGCGUCUUCGACUUCUUGAAGGACAAUCACUACCAGCCAUACCCCAUCGAUCAAGUGCGUCACAUUGGAUACCAGCUCUGCUACUCCGUCAUGUUCUUGCACGAGAAGCAGCUGACCCACACUGACCUGAAGCCCGAGAACAUCUUGUUUGUCAACUCGGAUUAUGACAUCAGCUACAAUGCCAAGAAGGCAAGUGCCACAGCCUUUGCGAAGCGGGACAUCCGGCGUGUGAAGGACACGCGCAUCAAGCUGAUUGACUUUGGGUCGGCCACCUUCGACGAGGAGCACCACUCCACGAUUGUGUCAACGCGGCACUACCGGGCCCCUGAGGUGAUCCUGGAGCUGGGCUGGAGCCAGAGCUGCGACGUGUGGAGCGUGGGAUGCAUCCUCUUUGAGCUCUGCCUCGGGGUCACCCUGUUCCAGACCCACGACAACCGGGAGCACCUGGCCAUGAUGGAGCGCAUCCUGGGGCCACUGCCCUACCGCAUGUGCCGCAAGACCAAGACGAAGUACUUCUACCACGGCCACCUUGACUGGGACGAGAAGAGUUCUGCGGGCCGCUACGUCAAGGACAACUGCAAACCUCUACGGCGGUACAUGGCCCUGGACGACGAGGACAGCCGGCAGCUGUUCGACCUGAUCUCUCGGAUGCUGGAGUACGAGCCGUCUCAGCGCAUCAGCCUGCUGGAGGCGCUGGACCACCCGUUCUUUGCCUCCCUCCCCGAAGAGUACAAGCUGCACGUGCAGCUGCAGAGGCAGGGUUCAGCCUGCUCCAGAGAGCACAGCCUGAGCAGGUGACCCUAGUGGGACGCCCCCCCCUGGCAAGAGGAAGACGACGACACCAGAGACGACACUGUGCAUAUUCUCCGCAUUCCCCUCUCCCCCCCGCGUCUCUGACCUUCUGUAGAUACUCUUUUCCUGCGUUAGGACGUUAAUAAAAUGGAAAACCUCGCUUUGUUACCAC